ACAAUCCCACACAACCACCUCCACCAUGCGCGGCAAACGUUCAAAGCAAUAUCGCAAACUCAUGCACCAGUAUGAGCUCUCGUUCAACUUUCGCGUUCCUUACCAGGUCUUGAUCGACGCCGACAUGAUCAAGGACACCUUCCGUUUCAAGAUGAACCUACCUCUUUUCCUCGAACGUACUCUCCAUGGACAGGUCAAGCCGAUGAUCACCCAAUGCUCAAUACGCCACUUGUAUACCGCCGAAGCCCCUGAUACCGCCUCUAAGAACGCCUGGAUCGACACGGCAAAGUCUUUUGAGCGCCGUCGCUGCAACCACCACACUCUCGACGAACCUCUGUCCACAUUGGAAUGCUUAAAGUCCGUCGUCGACCCCAAGGACAGCAGCACCAACAAGAACCGUUAUGUUGUCGCCAGUCAGGACCAAAAAGUCAGAUCUGCCAUGCGCAAAAUCACUGGUGUACCACUCAUCUACGUCAACCGAAGUUCGAAGAAGCAGACGGCGAAAGAGGAGGUGGAGAAACAAGCAAUCAGGAAAGCCGCAAAGACAGACCCACAAGCUGCUGAAAAGGCACUGGACGCACAUGUCGCUGUCGAGUCGACGGAAAACGACGCCUCAGAAGCGGCAGGCAAGAAGAGGAGGCGCAGAAAGCACAAGACUGCUGGUGACUCGGCCGCUGACCAGGCUGACGCUCAUGAUGCUCCUGCUGUUGCCAUGGAGGUCGAUGCA